CGACCGGGACCCGUUCACCUUUCCCCGCAGACCCCAUUGGGAGCCGGGAGCCCCAGCCUGGCCUGCCGCUCGCGUCCCCUUCCCGCCCCGCCAGCCGCUGUCCAAGCUCGCCCGGUCCGCCUUUCUUUCUCCUGUUCCCGGUCUCUCUCUCUUUUUUUUUUCCUUUCCUCCUUUCCAAGAUGGCCGAAGUGGAUUCCCCCUCUUAACGAUUUGGAGUCUCCCUCGACCACCUCCUCUUUGUGCAGCAGCCCCCUGCUAAGACCCUGCUUGCGAGGGUGACACUUCCCAAGGCUCCUCAGUCCUGACCCCCGGCAUCAUGCAUCGGACCACGCGGAUUAAAAUCACGGAGCUGAACCCUCACCUCAUGUGUGCCCUCUGUGGGGGCUAUUUCAUCGAUGCCACCACUAUUGUGGAAUGCUUACAUUCCUUCUGCAAAACCUGCAUCGUGCGCUACUUGGAGACCAACAAAUACUGCCCCAUGUGUGAUGUCCAGGUCCAUAAAACCCGACCACUGCUGAGUAUCAGAUCAGACAAAACCCUCCAGGACAUUGUCUACAAGUUGGUGCCUGGGCUUUUUAAAGAUGAGAUGAAACGUCGUCGGGACUUCUAUGCAGCAUACCCCCUGACAGAGGUCCCCAAUGGCUCCAACGAAGACCGAGGCGAGGUCCUGGAACAGGAUAAGGGGGCUCUAGGUGACGACGAGAUUGUCAGUCUUUCCAUUGAGUUCUACGAAGGCGUCAGGGACCGAGAGGAGAAGAAGAGCCUCAUGGAGAAUGGGGAUGGGGACAAGGAGAAGACAGGAGUGCGAUUCCUGCGGUGCCCAGCAGCCAUGACCGUCAUGCACCUCGCCAAGUUCCUCCGCAACAAAAUGGAUGUGCCCAGCAAGUACAAGGUGGAGAUCCUCUACGAAGAUGAGCCCCUGAAGGAAUACUACACCUUAAUGGACAUUGCCUACAUCUACCCCUGGCGGAGGAAUGGACCUCUCCCCCUCAAGUACCGUGUCCAGCCAGCCUGCAAGCGACUCACCCUGCCCACAGUGCCAACUCCCUCAGAAGGCACCAACACCAGCGGGGCGUCCGAGUGUGAGUCAGUCAGCGACAAGGCUCCCAGCCCUGCCACCCUUCCAGCAACCUCCUCCUCCUUGCCCAGCCCUGCGACCCCAUCCCAUGGCUCUCCCAGCUCCCACGGCCCCCCUGCUACCCAUCCUACCUCCCCCACUCCACCUUCAACUGCCGCUGGGACCGCCACAGCUACCAAUGGGGGCACUUCGAACUGCCUGCAAACGCCAUCCUCCACCAGCAGGGGGCGCAAGAUGACUGUCAAUGGAGCUCCUUGUCCCCCUUGAGGAAAGGGACCCUCCCCUUCUGCAGCCAUCUUUUCCCUCCUUUUUACUUUUUCUGGGCCCCUUUUCCACUUUUGACUUUCCCUGGUUCCUCCCAUCUUCAGAGUGGGAGGUGGGUUUUAUAAAUAAAUCUAUCUAUAUAUAUAUAUAUAUAAAUAUAUAUAUGUACAUAGGAAAAACCAAAUAUACAUACUUAUUUUCUAUGGACCAACCAGAUUAAUUUAAAUGCCACAGGAAAGAAACUCUGUGUGUGUGUGUGUGUGUGUGUGUGUGUGUGUGUGUGUGUGUGUGUGUGUGUGUCUGGGUGGGGGGUGUCCAGGUCUAGGGGUCUUUGUAGUUCACUCUGCUCUUCUGGGAGGGAGGGGUAACCUGGUGGUCUUAAGGGGCCAUUGAAGUAUUAAUGUCUUUCCCUGUGUUCUUUCUGCUUUCCAGGGCAGAGGGCAUGUUGGGUCCCUUAGCCCUAGCUGACUGGGGGGUCCACCCUGGCUGUUCCCCAUCCCUGUCCAAGCCCCUCGUUGUUGAAUGUUGAGAAAGUUGCUGAGACAGUGCCUUUUACAAGUACAGUUUGUCCUCUGGCAGCGAGGAUCAGGUGGCUGUGGAGAAGGCAUUUCCCUCACCUCCUCAGACAGUGGAAACCUUGUGCAAAGAAUUGAUAGUUCUGCCCUACCCCCCACCCCACCCCCUUUCCUCCUGUGGGAGACCCCGGCCCUAUAAAGUCUUAUGUGUGACUUUGGCAUUGUGAACACUUCAUUUUCUCCUGCCCUACCCUGAGCCAGGAACCUAAUCUAGCAAGACUGGAGGUGACACUGGGGGCCUAGAGUAGAGGGUUGGGGUGGGUAACCCCAGACAAGCACAGAUUCCAGUUCUGCCAAAAGCCAACAGCCCUCCAGUCCACUUCCUCAUCCCCAGCCGAGGCCAGGCAGGGAUAGGACAGAGGCAUCUAGAAGCACAAGAAAAUAAAGAAUGAGCUGACCCCAACUCGACCUGAUGGACCACCUAUUAGGGGCAGACCCUGCUCGCCUGGUUUUCCUCAAGUGUAUAUAGAUCUGGGGGGAGGGGGGAGGACAGGGUAUUGGCUUAGUGUGAGGGUCUGAGCCCUGGCUGUUUGCACCAUGUCCUGAGUCUGCGGUCCUGACUGUGCCCUCCUGUCCUGGGUCAUUUGUAUUUCUUGGCUUUGUAAUAAAUGCUGUCUAUACUCU